AUGGCGUUUGAACGGACCAAUCGGCGGCCCCCGGCGCGCCGCGAGGCCACUCGCGAUUGGUCAGCACCGUCCGGGCUGAGAGGCGAUUGGUCGGACGACUCCUUCUACCCUCCCCUACACGAAAGCCGGCGCCACCCACGUGGGGCGGGGCUUGGGCCCGAUUGGUCGGCUUGUGGCGGGCGGGCCCUCCAAUCGGAGGCGUCGCUCGCCACCGCAUUGUCUGGUUGGCCCCCUCCCCCCGCAGGCGCCCGGUCUGCGAAUCGCCGAUUGGCCGGGCGUCACAAAGGGCGGCGCGUCACCUCACGGUCCCCGCCCGCCGAUUGGUUGGAGCCGGCGGAGGAGGCGGGUCCCGCCGGGAAACUGCGCAGGCGCCGUCCCGGCAUUGGCGGGCUCGCCGCCGGCCCCGCGCCUGCGCGCUCUCUGGCGCUGCUGCUGCUGCCACCGGCGCAGGCGCAGUUCGCCUUUCCCUUGUUGUGGGGGGGAAUAGUCGACGUUGACGUCACGCGGGUCCACCUCACUGAGGGAAGGGGGAGCGAGAGAGAGAGCGCACGCGGGCGCGGGAGAGAGAUCGCCAUGGGCACAUCGGGCAGCACCUGCGCCGAGACCCCGCUGCGACCGCCCCACCGCAACCGCCACCUGGCCCACGCCCUGGACCCCCGCUCGCCCAGCGCUGGCAUCCUGAGGACCCCCAUCGAGGUUCUGUCCCAGCCCAGCCCAGGCGACGCCGGGGGCCGGCAGGAAGUGGAGCAGGCGGCAACUGCAGCCCCGCCGGUAAGAGCUGGGGGGCCGAGCACUCCGCGGCCCCCAGACCCCCGCUCUCCCACCCCCGGGGUGGUCCGCACCCCCUUCGCCUUCUCGGUCACAGCCAGGUUGAGCCGCCUGGCGAGACAGCUGAGCGGGGUGUUCCUGAGGGACGACGAGGAGGAGGAGGUGGCGGCAGAGAGGGACGCUCUCCCGGGCGGCCGAGACGCUGAGGACCAGUGCGAGGCUGAGGACCCGCUGGUGGAGCAGCUGCUGGACUGCGAGGAGGAGGGGGAAGCAGAUGGGGCUGAGACCCCCACAGUCAGAGAGCGCAGCCCCCCUCAGCAAGAGGCUGCCCCUCCCUCUGUCAGGACGGGACUGAGCGGGGAAGCCAGCCUAGUCUACAGGGAGUCUCCAUCACCAGCAGCCCCCACUCUCUCCAAGAGGAAACCUCUCAUCAGCUUCCAGAGCCCAGGCACAGUCCGAAGCCCCCUCCAGCCCCUAGCUGGGGGCAACUCUCCACAUCUGGCCCUCGCCCACCGUCAGAUUCCCAAACUCCAGGCGGAGCGGCUGCAGGACGCUGAGGUGCUGAAAGCUGGAAGCCCGACCCGUAUCAUCUACCAAGACAAGGAGAACACCUACUGCCUCAUGGGGAGACUCUGUCAGCCCUGACACACCCUCUCUCACGCUCUCUCUGUCUGUCCUCCAGCUCCCCCUGGGCUGUGGGGCGGGUGAUCACAGCCCUUCCUGCACCAUACACUGGGGUCUGAAAGUGUGCACUGACUGCAGACCUGUGUGUGUGUGUCUCUCUCUCUCUCUCUCUCUCUCUCCGCGUGUGUGUGUCUCUCUCUCUCUCUCUCUCUCUCUCUCUCUCCGCGUGUCUGUGUCUCUCUCUCUCUCUGUGUGUCUGUGUGUGUGUGUCUCUCUCUCUCUCCCUCCCUGUGUGUGUGUGUCUCUCUCUCUCUCUCCCUGUGUGUGUCUCUCUGUGUCUCUGUGUAUGUGUCUCUCUCUCUCUCUGUGCGUGUCCCUCUCUGUGUGUCUCUCUCUCUCGUCUAUAUGACAGUAACUAACAUUCCACCCGGGUCUGCCAGCCCUUCUCCCUCCCUCUGCCCCCUACUGUUUGUAAACACUACCCUCUUGGAGCUCUGCCCACCUGGUGGGUGUGUGUGGGCAGCCACUGCCUGGUCUGUGCAGGGCACUGGGAGAUGGCACUGACUGCCUCAGUCUGUCUGUGCUUCACCCCCUGUCCCGUUCCCACUGCUCCAGGGAACAUUGGGAUCUUGUUAUUACGUAUGCCUGUUCCAAGUGUUGAAUAAAGUUUAUAUUUCAGAACUGA